AUGGCCGAAAGUGCUCCCGCAAAGGCCCCAGCGGCCGCCGAGUCGUCGCGCCCGACGCGGCCUGACGAGAACCUCUUCAAGGAGGAGCUCGCAAAGGCCGAGAAGGCGCACAAGGCAUCCAUGGACCGAUUGAACGCCAUCAGGGCCAAGAUCGACAUUGCGAUGCCCAACAAGAACAAGGAGCAGCAGAACCCGGCGCAGAAGCGCCGGCAGGAGCUCAUCGCCCAGGCCAACGAGAUCCGCCAGAAGCAAGCGGGUGGCAAGUCGGCCCGCACCGGCAAGCUCGACCAGAUCAAGCGUCUCGAUGAACAGGUUCGGAGCCGCAUCGCGGAGCAGAAGACGGCCAAGGCCAAGGUGCCCUUCAAGAGCGCCGAGGACAUUGACCGCCAGAUCGAGAGCCUCGACAAGCAGGUCAACUCGGGCACCAUGAAGCUCGUGGACGAGAAGAAGGCGCUCAGCGACAUCUCGAGCCUGCGCAAGCUGCGCAAGAACUUUGGCCAGUUCGACGACUCCCAGAAGCAGAUCGACGAGCUUCGCGCCAAGAUCAAGGAGAUCAAGGACAGCAUGGAGGACCCCGAGCAGAAGGCCAUGUCGGAGCAGUACAACAAGGUCCAGGCCGAGCUCGACGCCAUCAAGGCCGAGCAGGACGAAGCCUACAAGGGCAUCAACAGCCUCCGGGACGAGCGUUCCAAGCUGCAGACGGAGCAGCAGGGCACCUACGCGGCCAUCAAGAAGCUCAAGGACGACUUUUACGGUCAGAAGAAGGCCUACCAGGCGCACGAGCGCGAGGCCCGGCAAAGGCAGCAGGAGCGCCGAAAGGCCGAGCAGGAGCAGUACAACAAGGACAAGAAGAAGGUGGUGGCCGAGCGUGUCCUGGCCGAGGCGAGCGACCCUGCCUACCUCGAGGAGAUCCGCCGGGCCCACAGCCUGCUCCAGUUCCUCGACCCGACGCACAAGACGGAGAAGGGCCCGCUGAUGGCGGACAGCGGCCUCGGCGCCCAGGCGCAGCGGACCGUCGAUCAAUCGGCGCUCAAGGGCACGAAGCUGCUCCGCAAGGAGGACCGCGACGAGGAGUACCUGCCGGCGGCGAAGAAGGGCAAGAAGGGCAAGAAGGGCGGCGUCAACGGGGCGGGGGCCAAGGCCUUCAGCUGCCCGCCUUCGGUGGUGGAGGACUCUGCUUUCAUCGGCGUCGAGCCGCCGAUGAGCAGCGACGACGUGCCGGGCUUCAUCGAGAAGGUCAAGGCCAAGCUGGACCACUGGAAGUCUGACCAGAUGGCCCAGACGCAGCGGAACAUUGAAAAGGCCAAGAAGGAGAUUGAGAAGCUCGAGCAAGCGGGCGCGGAUGGCGUCGAUGGCGACGACAAGGUCGAGGAAGUCGUCGCCGCCGUCAAGGGCGCCUCCAUUGCCGACAAGUAA